GCGCAAGUGCUGUUGUUCGCUCGAUGUUGCUUGAAGCGACUAAGCGCACGCAUGCCUUCACUGGACCCCGCACAACCCCGGUCCGUCCGACCUACCCUUCCAGUUGACGUUAGCAUUCAUUCCAGUGCUGUCAGUGGGUCCAAGCGGGAAGCAAGCGUUCGAGGGUUGCGACCGCGCAUCCCCGUCUACAUACAUAUACACCUCCUCAACAGCCAAUUUUCGAGGGCGGGACCGCCUUAUCGGGUUCGGCCGAAGGGGAUAAUGGCUUCAGCAUCUGCAGAUGGCAGUCCCCACGAUAAUGGAAGCGCCAGCGGCGCGCAGAAGCGGAGGAGUGAAGACGGAGCUCCGCAACCGAGAGCAAAGCGCAACCGAUAUAUCUCCAUCGCAUGCAAUGAAUGCAAGCGCCGGAAGAUCAAGUGCAACGGCCAGACGCCGUGUCAGCGUUGCGGCAACCUUUCCCUCGAAUGCGCUUACUCUCCCAACUGCUGCAACAAUUUCAAGGAGUCCGAGGAGUACAAGCAUAUGUCGGCACACAUAUCAUCCCUCCAAGAUUCUGUCGAGCAGCUUUUCGCGAACCUGAACUCCCUACGCACCGAAGUCGAAGCUCAGAGUGUGAACCCGAUGGCCACUCCAUUUACAAACCAAGAUUAUAUGCACUCCGCAUCCAACACACCCUACGAUAUGCAUCACCGGACCAAGUCUCUCGGCAAGCAACAUCAAUUCCAUGGCCCGACGUCGAGCGCAUACAGUCUCGGGGUUGCGAAGCUGAGUUUGAACAAGAUGGGCAUAACAGGCACAGGCGACGGUGAAGACGAGGGCAUGGCAACAAAUGAUGCUACACCCAUGGACAGUCCACCCACUAGGCACCCGUCGAUAAACCAUCAGUCGCUUCACAGUGACAAAGACCCUAUCUGGGCGCUUACACAUCACGAAGCGAUUCGGUUGGUGACGGUAUGGCACGAGGAGAUGGGGUCUAUGUAUCCCCUGUUGGAUGUUGACAAGCUGUUACAGUUCACCGAGAUGCUGUUUAGGUUUGUGGAAGCAGCCUCGAAAGCGGGGCUCAUGCAGAGAGGCUUACCGGGCGCGGAUGCUAUCGAGGAUGAACAGACCAACAUUCUCAAGCUCGUGUUAGCCACAGCAUUGAUUCUGGAGGGCGGCGGGAAAAGUGCGCUGGGCGCGAAGCUCUACCAAAACACCCGCAAAAUCCUCGAUAGAACACUGUCAGAUCCUGUCGAUCUGACGAGCAUACGAAUCCUGGCACUAGCAGCCAUGUAUCAUUUUCAUCGUGACGACGAGCAGAUUGCCUGGCGCACAAUUGGUAUAGCUGCUAGGCAAUGUCUCGAAAUUGGGUUACACCGCGCAGAGACAUAUGCCACUUUCACAGAUCCAGAGCAACAUUCCAUCGCCACCAGAACCUUCUGGUCUGUGUAUGUACUUGAUAGGCGUUGGAGCUUUGGUACAGGCAUGCCGUUUGCAAUGCAAGACGCCGACAUCGAUCCAAACAUACCCAAACCAGAUGACUCUUCUCAAUAUCUGAACGCGAUGAUCAGUUAUAGUCUGAUAGGUUCAAAAGUCUGGAAAUCUAUUGCUGGCCCUGAAACUGCUCAAAACAUCAUCAACAAAGAAGACAUUGGUUAUCUAGAUUUUCAAGUUUUGAACUGGCACCGAUCCAUACCAACUUCGUUGAAGUUCGUUCACCCAGACAGCGGGCAGCAUGCCGAUACACCAUCGAAGGUUACGCAGAGGUUGCAGGUUGCACUGUACCUCAGGGCGAAUCAGAUGCGCAUUCUGAUCUAUCGUCCCGUAUUGCACAGUGCCACGAGCAUCAUGGAGCAUAUAGAUUAUGCCCAUACCGUAGUCAAAGUAUCAAAGGACACGAUCCGGAUUUUGUCCUAUAUUAACCAGACUUCCGACAUUUACAGAACGCAACAAACCAUGUUCAAUUGGUUCCUGGUGUCAGCCCUGGCAGUAUUAUUCUUAGCUGUUGCCCACGCCCCCGCAGAAUUCAGCUCUCAGUGCCGCGACGAGUUUUAUAUGGCGCUCGACCUUGUCCGCGGCCUAUCAGCAAACUCGUACGUCUCUAGGCGGCUUUGGAAAACAGUGAGAUUGUUAAAAGAAGUCGGGCCUCGUCUGGGCCUCAAGAUCCGUAGUGAUGCGGCCGAUGCGCAUUCUUCCGCUGCGGCAGCCAUGGCCAAUCUCGCGGGGCACCAAGUCGACGAACUGGCCAUCUUUCCUAAUGGAAGAAACACCAACGUCGAUACACCACAUGGAAUGGCUUCAGAUCUGACGAACUUGUUCGAAGCUGCGGGUGGGGUGAAUUCCAUGUUGAACGGGUUCAAUAUGUCUGCUUCCGAGACAGCAGGUGGUGAGUUCUCGACAGCUUUUGGACAGGAGAAUGAUGAGUUGGCGAGGAUCAUGAGAGACUUGUUUUAGUCUGAUAUCAACUAACGGUAUAAAUGUAUCUAUUGAUAUUCUGCAACUUCCAUAUGUUACGUGGUCGGGGUUAAGAGGAGUUAUUACAUGUGGAUCUUCUCGAGCAUGAUUUGGAAGUACUGAGCUCGGCCCUGGUAAAAAUUUCGGCAGCCGUAUCCUAACUGAAAUAUUUUCUCGUCAUGAUUCAACCGGGACAUCGUUAUACAUGAUCGCCUGAAGUCCAAUUUAGACCUCUU